UUUUCUUUUUUUGGUCACAGCAAGUAAUGACAGCAGUCAAAAAAAAAAACAAGACGACAAAACUAACAGACGGAAAAUACAUGGGGUCAAAUUUGAGCCUGUGGGGUCUCCAGGUUGAGGGUUAAAAUAUAAUGGUAAUAUGCUGAGAUGAAACGGCAAACAAUUUAGCUCUGGUUAAAAUUGCAUUGCAUUAAAAAGCAUGUAGAAAAGAGAAACAGCAGCUUGAAGUUCUUGUCAUCACCACUCAUCCAAGAGGCUUUAUCUGUCUGAGUGGUGCUGGGUUCAAGUCACAUGUGUAGAUGGGUCCACCACAUUUGUGCUUUUGGAUGGUUCAUUAAGAGGAACAAAGAGGGAAAGAAGAGUGUGGUAAAUUCUCUCUUUCCACAACAGCAUUUUCCAACUCUGAGGACUAAAUAUCUGGUCUGAAUUUGAUACCGGACAAGACUUAUGAUGGUGAAACUAAAACAUAACUUAAAAAUGUAUCUGUGCCAAAAUAAUAAACACGUCUGAGGCUCUCGAACAUUUAGUCUGAACUUUAAAACUUCUGUGUAUAACUUUUGACCCAAACCUUUACACUGCUAUUUUUGAAUUCAAACAUGCUUAGAAACCACAGAAAAAAAAAGUUCCACUCAACAGACCAAUCAAAAGCUGCGUCCCCUUCAGUGGAAAAUCUGCGUAUCUCACAACAUCUUCAGUUAAAACUGUGAGCGUAUCUGUAAUGAGAAACAUUUGUACUUUUUAACGUUCAUGACCACAUCACUCAUGGAUCCUCUGCUCAUCAUGCCUUUUCUCUGGGGUAACUUGUUCUUUUACUAUCAGUCAAAGUUGAUUUGGAUUGCUUCAAAUGACUUUACUGAAUCUCAAUUUAAAGUUGUUAAAAAAAAUGAUUCCUCAAAUGACAUUUGUCUUUCAGGAGCAGUUUCCUGCAGUUUUAACUGGACUUCUGCAUCAGUGUCUGAGGUGACAGUCAGACAUGGAGACAACAUCACUCUCUAUUGUGACUGUAAAAUGGGAGAUGGAGGAAUGACUGUGUGGUUCAGAAACUGUUUCAAUGAGAGCCAUCCUGUUCUUGUUUUAGAUAGAGAGUACUUCUUUCAUCAUUUGGACAAAACUCAGUUUAUUUGGACAAAGAACGUUUCCUCUGAUUCCUACGAUCUGACGAUCAUCAAUGUCACCUUUUCUGAUGAAGGUUUCUACUACUGUGGAACUGAAAGAAAGAAGGUGGAAGACAAGGAAAAAAUUGAUCAAAAGACGUGGUUUAAUUACAGCAACAUCAUCAGAAAAAUCUCCAUCAGAGCAGUUUCCUGCAGUUUUGACUGGACUUCUGCGUCAGUGUCUGAGGUGACAGUCAGACAUGGAGACAACAUCACUCUCUAUUGUGACUGUAAAAUGGAAGAUGCAGGACCGCCUGUGUGGUUCAGAAACUGUUCCCACGAGAACCAACCUGUAUUUGUUCUAGAUGGAGCAUACUUUCAUAACUUAGGGAAAACUCGGUUUAUAUGGACAAAGAACGUUUCCUCUGAUUCUUAUGACCUGACGAUCAUCAAUGUCACCUAUUCUGAUGAAGGUUUCUACUACUGUGGAACUGAAGGAAAGAAGGUGGUAGAAACUCAUGAAGAGAUCUGGUAUUACAGCAACAUCAUCAGAAAAAUCUCCGUCAGUAAGUAUUUUACCUAAAUAUUUUUUUGUUUUUUUUGUUCCAUUAUUGGGACUGUUUUAUCUGCAAAUCUAAUCGUAAGGCAAAAAUAACAGUUUGGUAAAUUUACAUAAAUAUUCAUAUUAUUUUGCUGUAAUCAUACAAUUAUAUUCUGCUAUAUUCUGAAUCUUGAAUAUCUUUUUUAAUAAUCAUUUAUAACCAUGUAUUUAAAUGUCUUAUUUUAUGUUUGGAUGCAAAACUAUGAACCCAGUGGGUUAGGGUUAGGUGUUUGGUGGAAAAACUGGACUUUUGUAUGAUAUUUGUACUUUUAGUGUAGUUCAGCUUUUAAUUAUAAUGUUUAUAGCUGAAAUCAGUCCAAUAAAUGCUAAUUGAACUUUUUUUACUAUAAACUUUCAGUUUCCAUAAACUCAGAUGAAAAUAUAACUUAAUCUAACUCGCAGUAUGCACAGACUCAUUCACAUGCACAACCAUAAACACACCAGCUCUCCCUUAAAUGAUAUCUCACAAAAUAAAUGUCAGGGUUGAGACGGGACACAAAUGCAGGACAGCGAAAAGAGCUUCAAAAGCAAACAAGGUUUAAUCACAAUUGUACUUGAAAUGACUGAAGCGAACUUACAAAACGACCCAGUGACAAGAAACAAACAGACCAGGGUUUAAAUACACAAAUGGGAAUGACAAACAGGUGAGCAGACAGGUGCCGGUGAUGACUGGUGAAGUUACCUAGUGAAACAAUGAGCCCUGAAAGGAAGUAACAAAAUAAAAGCCCAAAACCGGAAGUGAGAAAACACCCACCAAACCCGCCCUGGCUCCGGUUCCUGACAAUACCCUUCCCUCAAGGGGCGCCUCUGGGCGCACCACCAGGCUUGUCAGGGUGCCGCUUGUGGAAGUCCUUAAGCAUGCCCUUAUCCAAGAUCCUUGACGUAGGCUCCCAGGACCUCUCCUCAGGUCCGUAACCCUUCCAAUCCACCAGGUAUUGAAGGCCCCGACCUCGACGUCUGACGUCCAUAAUGCGCUUGAUCGUCCAAGCGGGCAAACCGUCGAUGAUGCGGGGUGGUGG